AUGAGUGAGCGACUGGUGGCGAAAUCUUGGUUUGCAAAGCUGAGCCACAUUGGCAAAGUAGGGGGGCCCAACACAAACUCCCUCCACAAAAGCCGCCUCCAACCAAUUGUCCCACAGGAAGACACGGAGCUCCGGGGCGACCUCCAUCUCGUUAUCGCCGGUGAUGCCGUCCGCAACCGCAUACGUGGCAGCGGGCUUUGUGAGAAAGUCGGAACAGAGUAUAAAGGCGACGCCGUCGAGGGAACUGCCGCUCAAGCGCUCUCCAAGAGCCUUGAGGAUAUUCACGUUGCAGGGGCAUGGGGGAGGAAGAAGGUGGUUGCUGCCGCAUGUGGGAAGAUAGGUGCAUCCACCUUCCCUAUCAACAGUUGGAAGUCCAUCAGUCGUGAUAGUUUUGCACAAGGGUCAAGCCUCGAUGCCUGA